AUGGAGGAGGAGCGGCGGCGGCGGCGGCGGGCGCGGUAACGGCCGCUCCAUGGAAACGCGGCUGAGGCGGCGGCCGCGGCGGAAGAGGAGCAGCGAGCAGGCCGCCUCCCUCACAGAGGAGCCCUCAAUGGGGGCGCAGCAGCCCGCGCGGCCAUAAGGCGACCCAGGCGAAGGCGGCGGCGGCGGCGGCGAGGAGGGGCAGCAGGUGGGGCGAAGGCGGCCUCGGCGGGGUCCGGGUGGGAACCUGUGGCCGCCCGGCCAGGUAGCUCGCGCCAGUUACCUGAGGGGGUUGGCCGCCCGCCGCGAGGGCUGAUGGGAGGCGGGAGCCGCGACGGCGACGAGGGUAGGGGUGGGCACACAGGUUCCUCACUGGCUCUUAUGAGGGGUGUGUGGGGAGGGUCACAGACAGGAGUGUGUGUGUGUGUGUGUGUGUUCCUGCAUGUGUUGACCCCCCCAAAAAAAUCAUCACAAGCCACCCCACGAGGCCCUGGAGUCCAGCAACAUGUAGGGGUUUUUUUUAACUCAGGAUCCCCAUUGUGGCUCUUAUGGGGUCACUCAGAGCACCCCAUGCCAGACAGGAGUGUGUGUCUGAAUAUGUAUAGAAGAUUACCCCCAUCACAACCUUUCACAUGAGUCUCUGGAGUCCGAAUACACACACACACACACACACACACACACCCCUACACACCUGAGUGUCUUCGUCCCCCACACAGUAUGGGGGACAAUGACUGCCCAGUAUGGCUCUCAUUUGCAAAGCUAAGCAGGGCCUGGGAUGGUUGGAUGAAGGAUGGUGUGUUGAGAUUCCUGCGUGGCACGGGGUUGGACUGGAUGACCCUUGGGGUCCCUUUCCAACUCUACAAAUUCUAUGAUUGCAAGUGGGUGUCUUGGUCACACAGGGCAGCCCUUGCUGGACAGAUUUCUGUGAAUUGGGGUGUGUGUGGAGGAGGUGGGGCUUCCCACAUUCCAGCAGCCCCAUACUUGCUCCUGUCAGCUCUCCCCACCACAUCACAAGCCUCCCUCCCUUGCUGGCCCUUUUCCCGUCACUCCUAUCCCAAGCACUGCAUUAAAAAAGCAACCCAAUAUUUCCCACCAUCACGUAACAUCCUCUGGUUGCCUCCACCCCAUUAGCCCACCUUACAACAAAAUCAUCUCCCUUUUUAUUUAUUUAUUCCCUUCCCCACAAAUUUUCUCUGCCUCAUUGGGGUCUUUCCUGCUGGUGCUGUCAGAGGAGGACUUCAGGACAGAUGUCCAGCCCCUUCCCCUUAGUGAAUGAGGGGAGCAAACACAGCAGGGCUGGCUUAACUAAUGCAUCUUGUAAGUAGUACAUACCACUAUGUAAAUAUGGUUGGUUGAGGCUAUUAAGUCUAGAGUCAAAGGUUAACUAACUGCCCCUGUGGAAUUGUCUUCUCUUCUCCUCAGUUUCUGGCCACUUCACAUUGGUCUCUUCCCCCACCCCCAAAAAACUUGCAUCAGGCCCUGCCUCUGUUUUCUGCUUGCUCUGCAACCAUUAGUACACUAACUAGUCUGCUUUGUAAAGUGAUCACCAGCCCCAGCAGCAGUUACUGAGCCUGCUCACAUCAUUUAUCUCCUAGAACCACCCCACGCAUGGUGAAUCUUGCCUAGCCACUGGUCCAGUGUUAGAAACAGAGAUAUGGAAGCUAAAUGACAUCUUAAACACCCUAAACCCAGGUUAUGGGUGCCGCAACAGAGUGUGUAGGCACACUUUUUAUAUAAAAAUACAAAGCUGAAAAUGAAUGAACUGCACCUAAAAUCUUAUAUUCAUUUUUCACAUCGUCUAGUCCUCAUCUGAUGACUGCAAAAAACAAACAAAGCCAUACUUCCCCUGCCUGGUCCUCUAAUAUUCUUAUGAGGGUCCCUUCUCCAGUCUUCAGAGAGUGGCUGGAAGUGGGGGAGGCAGAAAAAGGACCUCCUUUUCUUCCAGCAGUGGCAGUUUUAAUCUGAAAUCUUAGGUGCAGUACUGCGCCCAGAGUUCAGAAACUGCUCGCAUUAAUGAAAUUUCCUGUUGCAAAACGCGCUUAGAACAGGGGGAGUUUCGAACGCUGCACUGGUCCCAUCCCAUCUUCUUAUGGGUUUUCUGCCCUGUCACUAGCUCUUUUCGCAGUCCACCUUGCUGGCUCAUACCUUGCUGCUAACAGCAGCCAUUCUCUCCCCACUCUGCUUUUGUAGCUGAAGGGAAGAGGCAGAUGGCAACAUUCAGGGGUCUGGCAUCUGCAGACCUUUAUACUAUAUCAAUUUAAAUUCCUUUUCUAUGCAUACAGUUAACUAUCACUUCAUGCAACACCUACCUCUGUCCCUCACCUGCGUUUCUGACCCUUAAAAAAUUUCCCCCCCAAAAUCCACUUUGGCCACUUGUGUACAUUUGAUACUGUUUCAUGUUGUCCUUCACAACCACUUAGCUUCUUCCCACAACGCUUGUAGCGGCCAUAUUUCCUACGUAACCCUUUUUUAUUUUUUUUAUUUUGCAACCUCACACCAUUGGGCACAUCUUGCCUUUAUACUCUGUUUAUCCAAUAUCCCUUCAGAUCCUUGUACAUGACCCACUUAUCUAAUCCUUUCAUGUCCCUUCGCUCCGUGGAAACACAGAGUACUGCUUCAUGUAGCCCUCUGCUCCUGCAUUCCAUCUCCUUGGCCACUGAUCCCCUUUCCCACAUUCUCAAACCUUCCAUGUUUCUACAACGGUGACAGUCCCCCUCAAGCUUGCAUAUCUGAUGAUUCUACUCCUCACUUAAGGACCCAGGUCUCCAUGUAGUCAUCAAAUCCAGCAUUGCCCUCUCUGCCUGAAUGCAGUGUACCCUUCUGAUCCUAUUUUUGUAUUCCUUCACUACACAAUUAUCUGCACAGCUGUUCCACAUCAAAUACAUAAUGCAUCUUUACUACACCCUUGUGCUUUUUCACACAAUUAUCUAACUACUUUCUUAAUGCUGGUCCAGUUCCUCAACCCUGCUCCUAUGCUGAAAACCCCAAUGGUUUAAUAUCUGCCUAGGUGUUCUCAUAGAUAAACACUGACCCACCUGCAUGCACAUUUGCUGCUAUUUUACAGCCACAGCUGCAACGCAACUUCAUUGUGUGACUCUGUUCUGUUGCUACAGUUAACUUCCUAUACUACCCUGUUUCACAAGUAGCACUCUGUUGAGCUUGCUUCUUGGUCUUUGGUCCUUCAGUGACUCAGCUCCUUGCACACUCUUCUUCACAUGCAUCUCUACCCCGUUCUCCACAACUCUGAAUCCUAAUUUUCUGAAUGCCAUCAACUAGUAACUUGUCCCAGUCACUCUCAUUCACCCUCUUCUGCUAGCUCUGAUUCUCCCUUCUGCUACCUUUAUAUUCCCCUCUUAACAUUUUCUGCUUCCAAAACUCUGAUUACUUCCCUGCUGUUUUAAUGGACAGUGUUCUCAAUUCCUAUCUCCUUUAUGUUUUCCUUCUCAAGUUAAGCUAUCAUAUGGACAUUGACUCCACUCUUGUCACACCCCAUCAGUCACCUCUUCCCAGCUUGCACAGAAUUUCACUUGAAACCAUGCUGUCCACCUCUUCUAAACAGCCUUCCUCAAACCUUAAUUUAUUUUACUUUGCUUCCUAAAGUCAGCCUUGUAAACAAGCCCCCCAAAUGUUACUGGCCUGAAACAUGUUUUACUAGCUUGUAGUACUGCCUGUGCCCCCUCCUUCACAGCCAUCAUGGAAAUAUGUUAUGUGCUGUUAGUCUCUUAGGCAGGGGGUUGGGGUGGAAAUGGGCUGGUGGUGGAGGGAUGAAACAGUCAGUCCCUCUUCUAGCAGCCAGCUAACUCACCUGCAUGGAAUUCCUGGUCACCUACCAGGCAAGUGUUUAAAUACAAGGCUACUUUAAAUGUCUGCACUUACUUUAUUACUCUAAUCCUUCCUUUGCUGCACUGUACACUAGGAUUUGCCCCUCUCCCACUAACUUUAAAGAUCUUUCUUGAGCACUACUCCCUCAGAAUCCAUAUUUGAUGGAUGCUCUUUACCACUACCCCAUUUAGCAGAUGCCUCUAAAACUUUAUUCUAAAUUCACACUUUUCUCCUCCUUUGUUCCUCUUAAUGUUCACCCCAGUGUUCUUCCCACAAACAUUUUUUGUGCCGUUUGAAGUUCUCUUCCUCUUCCUCUUAAGCCAACCUUUCAUUUCAAUUAUAAAGAGCCAAACUAUUAGAAUAUGAGAAUAGGUCUUAUUAUUGGGAAACAAAUAUCUGUUAAGUGAUAGGAGAAUGAUAGGAAGAUGUGAGUCUGCUUGAAAGCAAUUCAAAAGCAGUGGAAAAGAACCCCAUUGCACCAUUUUCACCCUUUGAAGAUGCAGUGCAGGGUUACGUGUAAGAUGUACCAUUGUGCUUCACAUGUAUAAAGUGUAAUAUUUAGAGACUAAUUCCCCCCUUAAUCCUUUAUUUUCAGUGUUUUGGAAGGGAAAAACUGUCAAUUGCAUUUUUUUUCCAUUUGCAGGGGGAAAAAGAAGGAAAAUAGGAGGUUAUGGUGAGGCCAGCCAGCUGCACCAGCAAACGGGAGAACCUCCGACUGACUUCAUGGCCUGCUCUGUUAAUAUUCCAACAUCUCUGCAUAACAUUUGGAGAAGCUCUGCCACAACCUUGCUCCUCUCUCAUUAG